AUGAGUUUGGUUGCGGACAAAGUUAUUGAGUCUCCGUCAGUGGAGCUUCUAAAUCCGUGUACAAAAGACCAGCUACUGUUCCUUGCUGAACAUUAUAACAUCACAGUAACAGGAAAGCUCAAGGCAGCAAUGGAGGCCACACUGAUCGGUGGGUUGGUGGAGAGAGGCAUUCUGCAGCUUGAUGAAGAGGAUGAGGUCGAAAAAAAACAACAAGAAAACUCUGUCUUGCGUGGCAGGCUAAAGAACUCUGAAACCUUGAAAAAUCUGGAGUCUCUGUUUGGUCAUCUGUCUGAGGAGAGGGGCGCUAAGUUGUCGGCUCUGAUUAAUGGUUAUCUGUGUCUGUUUGGUGAUGUACCAAGUCGGACGCAUUUAAUCGAGCAUGACAUUGAUGUGGGGAAGGCGCAACCAUUCCGUCAUCGUUUCUACCGGGUGUCAGAAGAGAAGCGAAAGGUGAUGGACAGAGAGAUACAGUACAUGCUUAAUAAUGGCAUUGCAGAACCCUCAUCAUCUAGCUCGGCGUCACCUUGUUCAUUGGUAGACAAGUCUGAUAAGAGUCCCAGGUUUUGCACAGACUAUCGGAAGCCGACCCCUGGUCUAGCUGAUGCACACCUGACCGUGAACCUAGCAAAGUGUGAGUUUGCCAAGGCCACCGUCACCUACCUGGGUAAGGUGGUGGGGCAGGGAAAUGUGCGGGCAGUACAGGCUAAGGUGGCUGCAAUCGGGCAGUAUCCAGUGCCAGCAACCAAAAAGGAACUUCAGCGCUUUCUGGGUCUUGUGGGGUACUAUCGCAGUUUUUCUCCACGUAUGGACGGUCCCUUCCAACUGCAGGUGGACGCGAGUGACGUGGGUUCAGGAUAUUAUAAUUCUCUCCAGAGGAAGAGCGUCGCAUCUUUUAAGAGCCACAGGGGAAACUUCACAGUGCCAAAGCUAUCGGAGUCUAAUAUGGGUUUUGGUGUGCUGGGAGUGUUUUUGGGGCUGCUCCUGGAGGUCUCCACCCAUGGACCCCACACCGUGCCUCGAACUUCCUGGAAGCAUCAAGACCUGGAUCUGAUGGAGUUUUCGGAGCCCGGCGUCUUCAACUACACGACUCUGCUGUUGAGCGAGGAAAAGGACGCCCUUUACGUGGGAGCCAGAGAGGUCGUCUUUGAGCUCAACAAGAACAACGUGACGGACAGAAACAAUAAGGUUCAGUGGAAAGUCGCAGACCAAUCCACCAAGAUGUGUACCCUGAAAGGAAAAUCAAAAGAGAGAGAUUGCCUAAACUACAUUCGAGUGCUGGAGGUUUUAGACGACGAGCGGCUGUACGUCUGCGGCACGCACGCCUUCCAGCCCCAGUGCGAUUACUUGCGUCUCGGUGACUUUUCUUUGGAGGGUCAGCCUGAAGACGGCAGAGGACGCUGCUCCUUUGACCCCUCACAAAGCUUCACUACUGUCAUGGUUGACGGAGAGCUGUACUCUGGGACAGCUUAUAACUUUUUAGGCAGUGAACCCAUUAUUUCCAGAUACUCCCCGUCCCACUCUCUGCUGAGGACGGAGUACUCCACGUCCUGGCUCAAUGAGCCCAGUUUCGUCUUCGCCGAUGUGAUCAGAGAAGGGAAAAACAGAACAGAUGGCGAGGACGAUAAAAUCUACUACUUCUUCACCGAGGUGUCGGUCGAGUACGAGUUCUUUGGCAAGCUGCUCAUCCCGAGGGUGGCUCGUGUCUGUAAGGGUGACCUCGGGGGUCAGCGCACCCUGCAGAAGAAAUGGACGUCUUUUCUGAAAGCCAAGCUGGUCUGCUCAAUGCCCGAGCUCAACUUUGUUUUCAAUGUGGUGCAUGAUGUCUUCAUCCUGAAGGGGGCGGACUGGAGAGACACGGUCUUCUACGGCGUCUUCACCUCUCAGUGGGGAAAUGUGGGUUUAUCAGCUGUAUGUGCUUACAACAUGACGGCCGUGGAGGACGUUUUCUCCAAUGGAAAGUAUAUGCAAAAGGCCACGGUGGCACAGUCCCAUACCAAGUGGGUCAGAUACAACGGCAUCACUCCGUCUCCACGUCCUGGAGCCUGUAUUAACAAGCCCAUGCGUGAGCAGGGCGUCAGAGACUCGCUGCACCUGCCAGACAAAACCCUUCAGUUUGUAAAGGACCACCCACUGCUGGAAGAUCCCGUCCUUCCCAUCGGCAACAGGCCUCGGAUGAUCACCAAGGACGUCAAUUACACCCAGAUCGUUGUGGAAAGGGUCCAGGCACUCGACGGGAACACGUAUGAUGUCAUCUUCACUGGAACAGACAAAGGAGUCCUGCACAAGUCCGUCGUGUUUGAAGAAGAGGUUCAUAUCGUUGAGGAGAUGCAGCUCCUGAAAAACUCUGAACCCAUCAAAAACCUGCUGCUGUCCUCGCAGACCCACUCCCUGUACGCUGGUUCAGACUCCGGUGUGGUCCAGACUCCCACAGCUCUCUGUGGUCGGUAUUCAUUCUGCGAUGACUGUGUCCUGGCACGAGACCCGUACUGCGCCUGGGACCCCGACGCUGCCGCAUGUGUCAACAUCCGUGACACUCCCCGUCAGCAGCUCAGGACGUUGAUCCAGAGUCUGAGUGGGGACGCAGGACGGUGUCCUUCAGUUCCAGCUGCGUCUCAGGAGGAUUACCAGCGCGUGACGGUGAAACCAGGAAGUUCUGCUGAGCUGCCUUGCCUGGUCAACUCCAACCUGGCCCAGGUGACGUGGAAAUGCAACGGCUCGGUCGUCACCGAGGCCUCGCGCUUCCACUUCAUCGCCGAAAACGGGCUCCUCAUUUACAGCGUGGCCCCCGAGGAUCAGGGUCACUACGAGUGCUGGAGCACGGAGCUGGCUCCGGCCGUCGGCAGGAACUUCAGCCGUCUCCUGGCCGGAUACGUGCUGACUCUGGACCUGCCGCCCAGACCCCCGGUGCAGGCGGGGCCCGCGGGGCCCGCGGCCACCACCGCUGUCAGCCAGGAGACGAGUAGCACGCUGGCAGCCGAAGGUAAUGUUAAGACAGACGAAGCCUCACUAACUCCCACCAGCGUCGUAGCCACCGUCCUCUUCACCCUGCCCCCUCAAACCGACUCCUCACUAACCCCGCCCCCCAGCAGCACGGUCAAGUUACAGCCAAAGCUAACGCCGAACUCCGUCAUCCCCCAACGCGACAGCCAGGACCCGGCGGCCGAGUACCUGCAGCACAACAACAGCAUGGCCCUCCUCUUCCUCUUCCUGCUGUUCUUCCUCCUCUUCCUGGCCGCGCUGGUGUACAACUGCUACAUGCAGUACCUGCCGGCUCCGUGCCUGAGGCUGAGAGCCGCGCUGCUGGGCAGCCACAAAAGCACCAAUCCGACCGAGUACGCCUCCUGCGAGGCGGGUUUAAUGGAAGCGUCCGGGGCCGACAAAAUUAACCUGACCGAGCAGCCGACGCAGAACGGGACCCAGAACCUGCGGGCGCUCCGCGACACCGGAUACGAGACGGAACCGGAGUGCGGCAACGGCCAGAUCCCGUCCCACAGCUUCGGAGGCGACAGCGCCUCCCAGGACAAACCUUUCGACGUCGACUGUGACUCUCAGUCCAUCCAGUUUGCAGACGCAGAUGAAAAUUACUGCUAGCCAGACGUCUCACCUUUUGCUUCCGUUUAUUUCAGAGUAGAAACGACAACCUGCACGUGUAUGGAGCCAAAU